UUUAACACUAACUAAUACUAGUAUUAUAUGUAGCGAAAACCUAGGACUGCUGCUGCAGCGUGCUGGCACAGAGUCACAGUGUUGUCAAAGGAGACUGCAAGGGCGCACGUUACGGUUUAGCUGUGGCGACUUUCGAGCUGCGCAGAAAAGGAGGGGUGCAUUGUGCAGCAACGUAGGGUGUAGUAAGUAUCUUCCGGUCAACCACUCAUGCUGGCUUUUCGUUCGUCAACAUCUCAAAGGCGCUGCCAGCGGUCUCCUGGCAAGAGGUAGCAAAGGGCUUCAGGUCUGUGGGUAUCUAAGCAUCUGCAGCCCUGCGGUUUGUCAGAGGCCCAUUUUCUGCCUGGGGUGCCCUAGCAGAGGGCCAUGGGUGCCUGCGGCCUUGCUGGCAUCGCAAUUCUGUCCCUCCUGCUGCACUCUGUGGCUGCUGCUGUAACAGGGCCUAUUGCUACCGAGGCAGAGCUGCGCACUGCGGUCGCUCAGGGGGGUGCUGUCACGCUGACCGCACCCAUCACUCUGACCGGGGGCGAGCUGGUGCUCAGUUCCAUCCUUAGCAUAGAUGGGGCUGGCAACACGAUUGAUGCGGGGGGUAUCUCUCGCAUCUUCAACGUCAGGGCGGGCGGGAGCCUCUUUGCAUCGGCCCUCACCUUGAGUAACGCGAAGUCUAAUGGCAGCGGGGGGGCCAUGCUGGUGGCGGGCGUUGUUGCGCUGGACUCCCCGGUCUUCACCGACAACCAGGCGGUGGGAGUGUUGAGCGGGGGCGGGGCCAUUGCGGUGGUCGGUUCCAGCGGCAGCCUGACCGUACGGGGGGGAUCCUUCAGCGGCAACACCGCCAAUUUUGGCGGUGCCAUUGAUGUGGAGAGCGGCGCCAAGGCGGACGUGGGCUUCUCGACGUUCACGAAUAACAGAGCGGUCACGAGCGGCGGCGCCAUCCAGGUGCUAGACUCGGGGAACCUGCUGCUGAGUGAGGCUGACAACACGGUAACCCCCGGCACGCCCAACACCUUCAACGGCAACACAGCGCCGCUGGGGGGAGCCGUCAUGGUUGACCAGGCCGCCGCGCAGAUCUGCGGCUUCCGAGGAACGAGUAAUGCUGCGACCACCAACGGCCCCAACAUCUACCUCACUGCCAAGAACUCCACCCUCACCUUCUUCGACUUCCCCGCCACCUUCGUCACCACCGCUCCCGGCGCCGUCACCCCCCUCAACCAGCCGUUCCUGGGCUGCCCCCCCCUCUCGGCGCUCAGUCCUGCUCCCGCCCCCGCCGUUGCCCCGGCCCCCGCCCCUGCCGUGGCCCCCGCUCCAGCCAAGACCGUGGCCCCGGCGGUGGCCCCCGCCCCCGCCCCAGUGGUCACCCCGCGCCCCACCGUCACUGUCCCUGUGACCCCCGCCCCGACCAAGGUCGUAGCCCCCGCUCCCGCGCCCACGGGCGCCCCCGCCCCGGUCCCGGCGGUCACCCCCAGCGCCACUCCCGCCAGCACCAGGCCUCCUUUGACCCCGCCCUCCAGCACGCCUGCAGCAACAGGUGCCCCUGUCACUACGACCGCCCCUCCGGUAAACCCAUGCAGAAAUGGGGGCACGCCCCUGGUUAUCAGCGGGCAAACGGGGUGCCAAUGCCCCAACGGGUUCACAGGCGCCCGCUGCGAAGUGCCGGUGCUGUCAGGCAACCCAUACACGACGCUCUAGGCGCGUGUUGUUUUUGUUGGUCACACAGCCUGGAAGCGAGGCAAGGUCGUGGGUCGAAGGGCGUGGCGGAGCUGCAAUUGGGGGACAGCACGAGCACAGGAAUGUAGGGUCACACGAGCAGCAACUGCCCACCACGCUCUACUAAGUUAUAUGACAGCGAUUUUGGUACAGGCCCGCCAUUUUAGGAGUUUCAGAUUGUCCAAGCCCGUUCAGUACAUAAGUCAGUGUGUAUACACAGAGUCUUAGCUGUUUCAAAUAAAACGGGAUAGAGCUUGCAAACGGCUCUCUGUCCGUUGAUUAAUUUAUGCAUUGGAUUGUUUACAGCUAGCUGGAUGUUGAACCUCUGAUUUUCUGAUAACGCUGUGUCAAAAAGCCGAGUUUGUUGAUCGCCGAUCAAUGCGUGCUACAUGGGUCAGCUGUUGCCAAGGAGCCAGGCUAGAACUUUAAGCUGAUUGUACGAUCUAAUCAUGUAAGGUGUACAAUUGACCGUCG